AUGUGGAUAUUACCGCUGCUUGGAUAUGUCGGCGUUAUCCUGGGCUUCGCGUUCCUGACGCUUGCGAUAGCUUCCGGCCUGUACUACCUUUCUGAACUCGUCGAGGAGCAUACCGUCUUCGCCAAGAAACUGCUAUAUCGACUCAUUUAUGGCGUCGUUGGCAUACAAACACUCCUUCUCGUAGUCGAUAGGUUUCCAAUUGGGCUCAGCGCAUUGAGUGUCGGGUCGCAUUUCAUCUAUGCGCAGAAUCUGAGGCGUUUCCCUAUUGUCAAGCUCACGGAUCCACUCUUCUUGGCCUCUUGUGCUCUUGUAAUCGCGAAUCACUACCUUUGGUUCCGCCACUUCAGUGCUCCGCCGGCGAACUCGUACUCCUCAUAUCCCUACUCCCGCGAUGCCAACAUCCCUACUUUCACCGAAAUCGCAUCCUACUUCGGUCUCUGCGUCUGGCUAGUCCCCUUCGCGUUGUUCGUCUCCUUGUCUGCCGGCGAGAAUGUCCUCCCCUCGAUGGGCUCGGAGUACGCGACCGGAGAUGGUAGCAGCUACAUCACGCCAGGGACAGCACCAGCAUCAUACGGAACCGGAACAGGCAUUGGCGUCGGUGGAGCCAGUAGUGGCACGGAAGGAAAGAGGAGGGCGAGAAGUGGAACAAACGCUGGCAUGGCCAAGGCUGUUGUCACUGGCGUCAGAGAGUGGGUUGGAGAAACAGGAGAGGUUAUGGGGUUGUGGAAGGGUGAGAGAACAAGGCCAACAUUCUAA